GCCCGGUUUGUCGGUCUUCUCCUGUUCACCAUGUUGCUCUCUCGCUGUUUCAAACACAUAUCAUCAACCCUGUCAUGAUCGUUCAUUGGAUACUCCAUCUCAGGCGCUGUGCAAGAGUAUAACCUGUUCCUAUCAAAUCAUUCUAUCCAUCAAUCAAUUGAUCAAUCAACUGUGGGUUCCUCCCGUCCCCAUCCCAUGUGAACCAGCGCGAACCAUGGCGCCUUGUUCCUGGCCGCGUACUCAACCUUUAGCCCAACGGUGUGAUAAGACCUUUUGGAUUUGGAGGGGCGGAAAAACAUCAGCUAUGCCGGACUCCAACUGUCUUCUUCUUACUUUACUACACUACUUUUUGUUCAUUCUAAUGGUUGUUGAUGAUAGACAAUCGCCUCAAUUCUUCUCGCCACCCCAGAAACAUCAUCCAGUAGUCGCUGGCGGCUCGCCAUACGCCCCAUUCGUCUCCACAGUUGGACUUAGGCGUGUUAGCGCGUAUGGGUUCUGGCUGAUCUUCAACUGCAUUGGAACUUAAACCCGCACAUUACCGGGUCCCGACUUGCUUUUCCACGUCAGGUAUGC